GGCAAACCCAAAUCCAAUACCGGAUGUGCAUCAUCGACGAGCGACGGGGCCAUCUUGACGCAGUCGACACGCUAGUGUUGUUAGCUUGUGCAUGUCGCUUUUGAGUUUCACCCAGUAAUACAACAAUAAUUAUUCAUCAUGGCUAUGCAAGCAGCGAAACGCGCGAACAUACGACUUCCUCCAGAGGUCAACAGAAUUCUUUACAUCAGGAACCUUCCCUAUAAGAUCACAGCGGAGGAAAUGUACGAUAUCUUUGGAAAAUAUGGGCCGAUACGUCAAAUCAGAACCGGUAACACACCAGAAACAAGAGGAACAGCCUAUGUUGUUUAUGAAGACAUUUUUGAUGCCAAGAAUGCUUGCGAUCACCUGUCAGGCUUCAACGUCUGCAACCGCUACCUCGUGGUUCUCUAUUACAACGCAAACAGGGCAUUCCAGAAAAUGGACACAAAAAAGAAAGAGGAACAGUUGAAGCUCUUAAAAGAGAAAUAUGGCAUCAACACAGAUCCCCCAAAGUAGAAUUAUGAAAACAUCUCUUCCUCUUUUUUUGUUCUGUUGUCUUCACGAGCAAUGUUUUGUUUUUUUUGGGGGGGGGGGUGGUAAGUACUUCUACGUCCUUGCAAAUGGACAUCUAUUUUAAAAACAUAUAUUCUGUUAAUUUGAUUUCACUUACAAUUAAACAUGCAAGUGUCAAGGUUGGAGUUGUUGGAAUGGAAAUAAUGUGUGGGCAUGAUAUUUUGCUUCAUGUGACUUGUUUUUAUUUGUAUUUAGAUUUUCUUUUUUGCAGCAUUACAACCUGAAUGUUUCCUCUCUUUUUUUCAGCAAUAUUUGACUUUAAAUUAGAUUUCCUAAAAAUAAUGUUGCGCUGUUUGUAAAAUAAAUGUUUUUUUUUUCAGUCUUAAUGCUGUUGUUUACUUCCCCAUGUACACAUUCUAGGUACUAAAGACCGACUUUUUUAUGAACCACCCACAUCGGUGUUUGAUUUGAUGCCAAGUCUAACGACCAUGCAUCCGUUUUCCCAAUUGAUACUAGAAUAGAACAGUGGGUGGAAUUAUUUUCUGAAAUGUCAUAGCUGUAAAUUACAACAUAUUUUUUUCAAGCUUCUGAAGGUCAAACUACAUCACAAAAGAAUGACAAUAUAUAUUUUAAACGAUGUUCUCGAACAAAAUUAAACCAUUUUUAAAAUCGGCAUCCAUACAUUUGGAGGCACUCUGAUGAGAAUUCUUCCCGGCAUGUCAAUGAGUCUGCCCCGUUGUCUGUCGUCGUGUUGAAGCAAAGAGAGGCGAAAGAGCCCAUCAAGUUCCUUUUUAUUAGAUUAAAUCACAACACAGGGUGUAGUGCAGCCAUGUCGUCAGGAACACAAUACAUGCUACAAAAGAAUCCUUGUACACACACUUGCCCGUUGCUUAUAUUUGGCAUCUUGAUGAACAGACAUGGAGUUAGAAACAUUCUUCCACCCCAACAACAAAAAAACUUGGGGGGAGGGGGGGAAGAAGACUGCUGCUGAGAAACACUGCUGUGCGGGACACGUUUUGCUGAUGAAACCCUCGGCUGCGUGAAGUUAAAGCGGGCGGUGAAGUGGGCAGGGUGGACUUAUUCACUGAGAGGUCACUGACCUUUGCGACACGGGUUACUUUGCAUUCACAAAAUGAAAGCGGCAUAGGGGUAUUAAAAAAGUACAAAACGGUUGACUUUUGACAGUGUCUAAAUUGUUUAACGCGGCUCUACUUUAAGGGCUGACCUUUUCCGACUGUUUCAAUGAAACUCACUUGUUAGCACUCCGACUCAGGGGGGGGGGAAAACUAGGAGUGGAAAUGCAGACCUAAUUCUCUUCUACUUAUUUGUAGUGAUAUGCAACCUGCAAGGUCUUGAUGCUAAUGAAGUUGGAACUAAUGCUUGGAACGACUGAUGGGCAAAAUAAGCAAUUAAUGGAUUAUUAAAAUGGGGAAGAACACAGUGAUGCGGGAUUGAAUGUUAGUUUUGGCCAUCUUGUGAUGUUAAUAUUGAAAAUUGAAUCAAUUAACUGAUUGAUCCUUGAUUAAGGAAGUUUUGGGGUGAACUCACACUUGGCCGUGUCAUUCAUUUCUCCCUUCAAGUCUCCUCAAAUCAAUGGCAUGCAAUUUUCUAAUGGUUUGUUUUGAUGCUCAAGGUCAGGUUCUUGGCGACAUCUACUCCAGCUACCCUACAAGGACGCAUGCACCCAUGGUUGAAAGUAGUCGGGGGGGCUGGGGG